AGAGAAAAGGCGCAAGGAACGGAAUCGGCGCGGAGAGAGGGACGCAUGCUUUCGGGUGUACGUACAGCCGGCAAAACCAAGGUCAGGUCUGAGAGAAGCCUCCCGGCGUCCAGCAGACAGUUCUCUUCGUUUUCUCUCAGCAGUUGAUUGGCGUUUGGACAACGAACUGCGAAGACGCCGCGAGUGGAGAAGGAACUCUUUUCCCGGUGUUCCUCCCUCUUCUUCCUCUGUUCAAGGCAGUCGUCCGGCGGUCCGUCAGCGAUUUCCUUCCUCUUUGUCGUUUUUUUCAGCUUUCUCGCUUCUUCGCAAGGCGUGUGCCGAACUCGUCGCGCCUUCCUCUCUCGCUCUCCCCAUUUGUUUCCGUCUUUGUCUCCUCCUCUUCCUCGCUCGACCGCCGCUCUCAGCGCCGCGCCUCACUCGCGCUUGCAUGCUGCGUGCGUUUCGGUACCAGUUCUUCAACGAAAACCUCCUCUCUUCCUUCCUCGGCCCUCAGCCGUCGUUCUUCUCUCCGGUCUCCUUUGCCUUCCUCUCCCCUGUCGCCUCUCGUCGGCGUUGCUCCUGCACCCUCCCGCUUCGACCUCUGUCCUAUUUUUUUUCCCUCACGCGUUGUCUCUCCCUCCGUAACUCUCUCCUCUUUCGAGAGAGACGAGAAACGUUCGAACUCAAACUGAGUCUGUCCUGCCUGUCCGUCUUCUCUUUUUCGUCGCUCCUUUCUGUUCCUUUUCUUCUCCUCUUCUCUCUGUUUUCCUCGAGAUGGAGGUGCCAGUGCUGAGUGGAGUCCAGCCAGUGGCUGCGAUUCCCCAGAGUCGUUACAACUCCUGGGCGGACUUGAUCGUGGACAUCGGCCCGAUGAACGCGGUCGCCUACGGUCUCGCGUUCUCCCUCGGAUUCUCUGUUGUCGGGGCCGCCUGGGGCAUCUUCAUUUGCGGGAGCAGUAUCUGUGGCGCAGCUGUGAGGGCACCACGCAUUCGGUCGAAGAACCUCGUCUCCGUCAUUUUCUGCGAAGCUCUCGCCAUCUAUGGCGUCAUCAUUGCAAUCAUCAUCUCAGGCCAACUGGACAACGCGCCGGCGAAUUUCUCCCCCAUCGCUGGGAAACUCACUGACUGGCAGAACCAAGCGAUCGUCGCCGGGUGGGCGCUCUUCUGCUGUGGCCUGACUGUUGGACUCUCCAAUUUGUUUUGCGGAAUCAGCGUCGGCGUCUCGGGCAGCGGCGCGGCGCUUGGCGACGCACAGCGACCAGAGCUCUUCGUGAAGAUGCUCGUCGUAGAAAUCUUCGCCUCUGCUCUCGGUCUUUUUGGGGUGAUUGUCGGCAUCCUGCAGUCGAACAAAGGAAAAUUUGACAAAGUUGAGGCUGCCUCAGCCGUUAUGUGAAGGCAAAGAAGCGAAGCUGGCAGAGAACGAUAGAACAUGCACCGAGAAGAGAGAAGGCGAAGAACAGACAAAGGCAUGGAAAAACAGGCAGAGAAGAGAGGAGGCAGAGACCGCCGAUGUUCGCAACAGCAGAACGAGAGAGGAAGAAACAAACAGUGGAAAAAGGAGGUCGUCCAAGGGAGACGCCACAUGAGAGGAGGAAGAACUAGAACUGGAGAAGAGGGAGCGUCUCUGUAGCGGAAACAAUUGAAGCGCAUCUAUGCAUCUUUUCUUUUUGCGGCUCCCGGGUCUUCCCGGGAGUCGUCGCUCUUCUGCAUUUCCUAUGCAAACAUUGUUUUCACAAUGGUUGGAACUUUUAACAUUUUUCCUCAGCCAGGCUAGUGUCGGCCCUUACUCGAUGUAGCCUUCUUUCGCUCCCCUGAGACGCUACAGUCGAGCUUUUUUUUCGCAAAAAACCGGCCUUCGUCUUCGGCAGUGCUCGCCUUUGUUUUUUUCGGCGCGUAUGCUGUCUCUCUUUAUAGUACGUAGAUUCUUCUAGGAGUCGGACUCCAGUUGCGAGAUAUAGACAGCGAAGUUCUUCCCCCAAAUAGUUGCAGGGACUACGCUAGCGUUGAGAUGUCCUUUAGAAGCGUUCCACCCCACUGGCAUUUCCUUGGAGAACUUCUUGUUUGGUUCUUGACCUCUCCCGAGGUGGAUCUUUACAGGAAAUGGAGUUUACUGGGGUAUCGCGACUGUCCCUUCUCCUCUUCCCGAGAAGACUUUGCUUUCGCGUUUUGCGCUCGUUUCAUUCUCGGCCGUCUGCAUCUCUUUUCUGCAGACUUCUCUGUGCCUUCGUCGCUCUUCUCGUUUCCCAGACAUCUCGAUCGUCC